AUUUUCAGACGAUGCUGGUUGGUUUUUAAGAAGGCUUCCAGCAAGGGACCCAGAAGGCUAGAAAAAUUUCCAGAUGAAAAGGCAGCUUAUUUCAGAAACUUUCACAAGGUAACCGAACUGCACAACAUCAAAAACAUAACCAGACUGCCUCGAGAGACAAAGAAGCAUGCGGUGGCAAUUAUCUUUCAUGACGAAACAUCGAAGACAUUUGCUUGUGAGUCAGAGCUGGAGGCUGAGGAGUGGUGCAAACACCUUUGCAUGGAAUGCCUGGGGACAAGGCUGAAUGACAUCAGUCUAGGGGAGCCUGACCUACCGGGAACAGAAUGGUGAAGGGAGAGAAAUAAACGAUUCAAUGUUUAUCUUAUGCCUACACCCAAUCUGGAUAUUUAUGGUGAAUGCACAAUGCAGAUCACUCAUGAGAAUAUCUAUCUCUGGGAUAUCCACAAUGCCAAAGUCAAGCUGGUGAUGUGGCCUCUUAGCUCACUAAGAAGAUAUGGUCGGGAUUCAACGUGGUUCACCUUUGAGUCAGGAAGAAUGUGUGACACAGGAGAAGGACUAUUCACUUUUCAAACAAGGGAAGGAGAAAUGAUCUAUCAGAAGGUCCAUUCUGCAACACUGGCCAUAGCUGAGCAACAUGAAAGAUUAAUGCUAGAAAUGGAGCAGAAGGCCCGGCUUCAGACAAGCUUGACUGAACCAAUGACGUUAUCGAAAUCCAUCUCUCUUCCGCGUAGUGCAUACUGGCAUCACAUUACCCGUCAGAACAGCGUUGGAGAAAUCUACAGCUUGCAAGGUCAUGGGUUUGGCUCAUCAAAGAUGUCCCGUGCACAGACAUUUCCCAGCUAUUCUCCAGAACAGAGCGAAGAGGCUCAGCCACCGUUGUCACGGUCCAGCAGCUAUGGAUUCAGCUAUAGCUCCAGCCUCAUUCAAUGA